AGAUUAUUGGAAAUGAUUAAAUUUAUGUUUGAAGUAAGUAAAUUGCUUUUGAUAAAAAGUAAUAAUAACAUAAAUCAGAGGAUUGAACAUAAGUUUUUGUGGUACCAGUCAAGAAAUUGUAUUAAUAAUGCAAAUGACUUAAGUAUAAAAGAAAUUGUAACAACAACAAAAGAAAAAAACAGUUUUGUAAAUGAAUCUGAAAUUAAACUUAUAUACCCAGAUAAAUCUGUGAUUAUUACUACAUUUGAAGAAGCAAAAAAAUUAGCUAUUCAGACAAAUUUUGAUUUAGUGCCUAUAUCUGAUAAAUCUAAAAGUAGUAAAAAUACUUAUCAGCUUAUAGAUGUUUCAACAAAAUAUAAAUUCCAAAAUGUAGAAUCAAAAACAUAUAAAGAAGAAACUGGGAAAAAAUCUACUAAGUUGUUUAAUAUAAAACCUUAUAUAACAGAACAUGAUUUAAUGAUAAAAGUCAAUAAUAUGAAUAAACUAUUGAAAAAAAAACAUAAUAUUAAAAUAUUUUUUAACCAUCCUGAUGGAGUAAAGGUAAAGGAAGUACAAGAACUGUUGCAAAAUAUCAAGCAGAAAAUACAAGGAACUUUGUUAACAGAAAAGUCAAAAAAGGCGAAUACUAUACUUAAAUAUUCUCCUGUAUUAGACAACACAGAUAUUUCAUUAGAGAAUGAUAAUAAAUAA